AUGCCAGCACGUUUCCCACCGGUGGUGUUCUAUACGCCGAAGGAAAUCGGUGGCUUGGGUAUGCUUUCCAUGGGCCACGUGUUAAUUCCACAAUCCGAUUUACGCUGGAUGAAGCAGACAGAUCAGGGCGGUAUCACGCACUUCCGAAGUGGCAUGACACACGACGAAGAUCAGCUUAUUCCAAACUUAUAUCGAUACAUUCAGCCCUGGGAAUUUGAAUUCAUUGAUUCGCAACGAGUCUGGGCCGAAUAUGCGCUGAAACGACAGGAAGCCAACGCGCAAAACCGUCGCUUAACACUUGAAGAUUUGGAUGAUAGUUGGGAUCGUGGCAUCCCGCGAAUAAACACACUUUUCCAAAAAGACCGGCAUACUCUGGCGUAUGACAAAGGAUGGCGUGUGAGGACCGAAUUCAAAACUUACCAGAUCCUAAAACAAAAUCCAUUUUGGUGGACCCAUCAGCGCCACGAUGGCAAACUAUGGAAUUUGAAUAAUUAUCGUACCGAUAUGAUCCAAGCACUGGGCGGCGUUGAAGGCAUCCUGGAGCACACAUUAUUCCGGGGGACAUAUUUCCCAACAUGGGAAGGAUUGUUCUGGGAGCGUGCCUCUGGCUUCGAGGAAUCGAUGAAAUUCAAGAAACUGACGAAUGCACAGCGAUCUGGUUUAAAUCAAAUCCCGAAUCGUCGCUUCACGCUCUGGUGGUCACCAACUAUCAAUCGAGCUAACGAUUAA